AUGGACUUUGCACCCUCCCAAUCAGCCGAAGAGGCUGUCCGUGCCUCCGCCAAGAGAACCGCAGACCUCUUCGGCUCAGAAUACCUGAUGGUCGCACCCUCCACCACGACAGACGGUUCGAUCGGCGUCUCCUACCGACGGAAAGCAGAAUAUGAGCAUGUGAAGGAACUACCCCCAGUCCUGGCAGCAAAACAAGCCCAGGCGGCAAGCAUCCGCAGCAAGCGUCCCAAGAUUCAAUCCGCGCAACAAGCCCAAGCCCAAGCCUCCGGAGACAAGAGCGGAGCAUCAAUGUCGCUCGUCAAGCGACCAGCGCCCGGAGCAGGCGGCAGCGCAGGUCUAGCAGGAGGCAGCGAGGAUCAGCCAAAGAGUCUGAUCGCCAGACCCUCAGCAACCAAGCAACAACCGCCAGAGUGGCACGCGCCGUGGAAACUCAUGCGUGUGAUUUCCGGCCAUCUGGGCUGGGUGCGGGCACUGGCCGUCGAACCUAAUAACCAAUGGUUCGCAAGUGGAGCAGGCGAUCGCACGAUCAAAAUCUGGAAUAUGGCGACUGGAAACCUCCGACUUACGCUGACGGGCCACAUCUCGACGGUGCGCGGACUAGCGGUGUCGCCGCGACACCCGUAUCUGUUUUCGUGCGGAGAGGAUAAGAUGGUGAAAUGCUGGGAUUUGGAGACGAACAAGGUUAUUCGCCACUACCACGGCCAUCUGAGCGGUGUUUACACGCUUGCUCUACACCCAAAUCUCGACCUGCUCGUGACGGGUGGCCGCGAUGGCGUGUGUCGUGUUUGGGACAUGCGUACUCGAAGCAACGUCCACGUUUUGGCGGGACACAAGGGCACAGUCGCGGAUAUCAAGUGCCAGGAAGCGGAUCCGCAAGUUAUUUCCGGCUCGCUGGAUGCGACAGUGCGGUUGUGGGAUCUUGCCGCUGGUAAAUCGAUGGGUGUGUUGACGCACCACAAGAAGGGUGUUCGUGCGCUUGCGACCCACCCGACUGAAUUCACCUUUGCCAGUGCCAGCACUGGUAGCAUCAAGCAAUGGAAGUGUCCCGAGGGCGCGUUCAUGCAGAACUUUGAAGGCCAAAACGCUGUCAUCAACUCGCUCGCGGUCAAUGAUGAAAACGUCAUGUUCUCCGGCGGCGAUAAUGGCUCCAUGGGCUUCUGGGACUGGAAGACUGGUCACCAGUUCCAAUCCAUUGAUACGGUGGCCCAACCUGGUUCCCUCGAUGCUGAGACGGGUAUUAUGGCGUCGACAUUUGAUAAGACUGGUCUUCGUCUCAUUACCGGUGAGGCGGAUAAGACUAUUAAGGUGUGGAAGCAGGAUGAAAAUGCCACGCCUGAGACUCACCCCGUCGCGUGGGCUCCUACUCUAGGUCGAACUCGGUAUUAG